UACUGAAGUAGUACUACAAGUACUUAGUACCGUGUCCGUGUUAGUGUAGUUUUUUUUUUUUAUUUAAAUUAAAAGAGUGCUGGCGAGAUGAGGGGUAUCUUCUCGUUCUUGCUCUCCUCUUUCCUGAUGUACGCGGCGGCUGAUGAGAAGACCAGGAAUGACACAAACAUCGUUGACUUCCUCGGCCAGGGAAUUCAAAAGGAAAUCCAGACUGCCAAACAACCGAUUGACGAAACCAUCGCCUAUGUAGGAUCGUCACAAUGUAAGCACGUUAAGAAAUUACUGGGGGUUUCGUAUGAGCAGUUGCAGGGGGAGAAUGAACCAGACCUGAACAGCCUUAUCCUUUACUACAAAACCAAGGCAAAUACAACGAUCAUCAAUAUAACAGUGGCGGCGGAAACGCUGCGUCAGGCUCGGAGCUUCGAACCUGAUGACAAGCUAAUCAUCUUUGUGCACGGGUUCACGGACGAUCCCACUAAAGAAAGCUUCACGGAAAUCAGUCGCUCAUUUAUUGAAAAUGGCCACGUCAGUUCCAUAGCACUGGACGGCAGUUCACUGAUCCGCUGGCUGUACCUGCGCUCCACGACUUACGUGCGCUUCAUGGGACAAAAGCUUGGAGCAGUCUUAGCUUCCAUGGUAUAUCAGGGUCAAGACCCGGCAAAAAUCCACAUAAUCGGGCACAGCCUGGGAGCACACAUAUCCGGGUUCGCUGGGAAAACCUUCAACGAAUUGACCGGGAAGCUGGUCGGUAGGAUCUCCGGCCUGGACCCGGCUGGGCCUUGCUUCAGCCACGUCGAACCGGACUGCCGGCUGAUACACACUGACGCGGCCUUCGUGGACGUCAUACACACCGAUGCCGGCGUGUAUGGAAUUAAAGAUAUAGUUGGUCACGCGGACUACUUCCCAAACAGCGGCACCUUGCAGCCGAACUGCCUGCUGCAGACGUGCUCACACUCUCGCGCGUGGCAGAUGUUCGGCGAGUCCGUGGUCACCAGGGACGCCUUCCCCGCGGUCAAGUGCAAGGACUGGGACGCGUUCAAGAGCGGAAACUGUUUGAACGAAAUUAGCUACAUGGGUUACGGAGCCAAGCCUGAUGCCCGCGGACAGUACUUCCUGCAGACGGGCGGGAAGUUUCCGUACGGCCUGGGGAAGAGCGGCAUCAAGUACAGGAACACGGACGGAAUAGUCAAGAACAUUGGGGACAUCUUCGGAUAAAAUCAUACUUCAAUAUAAGUCUAUUCUAGUAGGAUCCUUGUUGCUUGUUUUAAACACAAUGCCACUCCUUUGUACAGGUUGCCACAUUACAUAGUAAAUUAAAUAAUUAAUACAUAGUUUUAAUAAAUUAAACUUUAUUCUUUAAGGUUAAUGAUAGUUCAAGCAUUAUUUUGUUAAGAGCAAAGUUCAUUUCUAGUCUUUAAUAUUGACAAUUAUUUUAUUGAACCAAUGUAUGAUUAUUGAAGGUAAACUAUAAAUAUAAACGAAUCAAAGAACUAGUGUUAUCUAGAUUUGCCCGAGUGAGUGUUAAUCUUUUGAAAUAAAAGUCUCAUAAAAACAAAGCAUCUUUAUUGUAAUAUCUGUUACUUCAUAACUUCGUUAAAUAUCAAAUAAUACGGAGCUGGGGACUCUUACAAAAAUAAACAUCUUCAAUAAAUAUAAAAUUAUAACGCAAGACGUGUUACGUACAGUCGACAUAAAAACACUUUUCAUUGAUAGUAGGAACGUUAUCUGAUAGUUAUGUAUCAAAAUUGACAAUUUACAUUUAUACAAUGAAAUGUUUAUAAGCUAUAGAAUUAAUUAAGACAAAUACUCCUACUACCAAAAAAAGUAAAAAUAAUCACAAAAUGUGAUAUCAGAUGUAUUUUGCUGCUGACUGUACUUACAAUUGUUAAAUUCGCACUGAGAAUUUUAAUAUAAUUAUUUUAAACCAUCGAUACGCGUAUAAAGAACUCACAAUAAAAUAUAAUGUCAUAUAAUUAAAAAAAUAAUAAUAAUAGUAAGAGAAAUUACACAUCAUUCUGAUUCACAAUCAGAUUUAAACUUAAAUGUAAUACAAAAAGUUACAUCUAGCGUAAGAAAUAUAUUAAUUAUAAUUGUACAUCAGUGUCUUAGUUUAGUCUGUGGGCGGCUACAGAUUAAAAAUAUUAAAAAUGUAAAACGUAACAUGCAAUCUACACUGUAUCGAGUCUAAUGUUUUAAAUUAAUUGUACAUUUUUAUUUUAUAAUAAAAAUGACAUCUAUAUAAUAAAUACUACAUAAAUAAUUCCUACGUGUUUAUUAAAAAAUCUACUGUUUAUGAUUCUGAGCCCACAGAUAAUACACACACUCUUAUUUUAGAGGAAAAAAAUAAAAUAAAAAUAAUCUAUGGGAUUUUAUUUCUAAAUUGAAAUAAACCAGGUAUAUUGGAAUGUACCGGAUAUAUAAAAAAAAUGUUGAUGCGAUGAAUUAUAUAUUUAUAUAUGUAUAUUAUACGAUCGACUUUUAAGAGAACAUUUAGACGUAGCUUAAAAUGUUUUGAGACGAAAUGACGAAUCGCAUAAUAAAUAAGUUUUGUGCUUGUGAUUACAACGAAAUGCUCGCCUGGCCUUAGUAAUAAUUGUGAAGACCCUUAACGUCACUGUAAGCUGUUCAGCUUCAACGUAACCGACUAAUAUUAUAGACUAGCUGCAUGGUGCUGCUUGUAGAUUAAACGCAGAAAAUUAAUUAAAGUACAGGCAACAAAACAAUUACAAAAAAAUGUUUAAAAUUUUAAUUGAUACUUUAUAUGAUCUUUGAAUGACUUGUUGUAAGUAUGUACGUAUGUCCAUACGGUCAAUUUUCCAACAGUACGUAUAUAUAGUUUUUGUAGAAGAACCAGUAACAAAUCUAUAAUUUUAUGGUUACAUUGCACAAGCCGCUUUAAGAAAAGCCAAGUAUCCCCGUUGCCAGCUUUAAAUAUUUAAAAAAAUACGGCACUAACACACAAGACAUAGAAUUACAUUACUAAAUAGCACCUAAAUGGUGUAAUAUUAGAAAUAGUUAUAGCAACAUGUCGUAAAUAAUUAUAUUUUAUAAUUUUUUAAUUAUUUAGGUCCCGAUUGCACAUACAAACCCAACAUUCCCGCCAAUAUUUUAAUCAAUUUCAUUUUAACAUGUAUAACAACUCACAUAGACAUAUAAUAUGCUCUUAUAAUUUAUAUUAUAU